AUCUGAAAGUAUACACCAAUUAAAUCCAAGAACGUACAAAACGCUCAUUAUGUGAUGUGUAUAUAAGUAGCUCUGUAGCACGCGGUGAAUCUCUUAUUGUGGUUCACUCGUAUAGUUUCAUAUGAUUAGUGUCACCAUCCAAUAUGACCGACAACGUAGUAUCUGAAGUGCAAAAUCUGAAUUUGACGGACGAAAAGACGAAAAUGAAAGCAGCGCAAAAGAAGAAGACUGCUGAGAUGGAAAACUCUGUGUCUGAACUUAAUCCUUGGCCCACAUACAUUCAAGACCGUCUUAUGUUAUGGGAUAAGCUGAAAAAAGAAUACGAGAAUGAAUUAAUUGCAAGAACUCCAGCUGAUAUAACUGUGAUGCUCCCAGAUGGCAAGGAAGUUAGCGCUCAAUCUUGGCGUUCUACUCCGUAUGAUGUUGCAAAAAGUAUCAGCCAAGGAUUAGCAGACAAUACUGUGAUUGCGAAAGUCAACAAUGAACUGUGGGAUCUUGACAGGCCAUUGGAAGGCGAUUGUAAGCUGCAAUUGUUGAAAUUUGAUGACCCAGAAGGUCAGCAAGUCUUUUGGCAUUCUAGUGCUCAUAUUCUUGGAGAAGCUAUGGAAAGAGUAUAUGGUGGUUGUCUAUGUUAUGGACCUCCUAUUGAGAAUGGCUUUUAUUAUGACAUGCAUCUGGAUGACAAAGGUAUCUCCUAUACUGACUUUCCAUACUUGGAAAGUCUAUAUAAAAAUAUAGUCAAAGAGAAGCAGCCUUUUGAGCGACUGGAAAUGACCAAGGAGAACCUUUUGGAGAUGUUUAAGUACAAUGAAUUCAAAUUACGAAUUAUAAACGAGAAGAUACAUACUCCCACCACCACAGCUUACAGAUGUGGUCCUCUGAUCGAUUUGUGCAGGGGACCACACGUUAGGCACACGGGGAAAAUCAGGGCUGUUAAGAUCACAAAGAACUCCUCCGCAUAUUGGGAAGGUAACGCGAAUGCGGAAUCUCUGCAACGAUUAUAUGGAAUAAGUUUCCCAGAUAACAAGCAAUUGAAAGAAUGGGAGAAGUUGCAAGAAGAAGCGGCCAAACGGGAUCACAGGAAGAUUGGCAAGGAACAAGAACUGUUCUUCUUUCAUGAGUUGUCACCCGGCUCCUGCUUCUUUCAACCUCGUGGUGCUUACAUAUACAACACUUUAAUCGAUUUCAUUCGUUCCGAGUAUCGAAAGAGAGGCUUUCAAGAAGUAAUCUCUCCAAACAUCUAUAACAGCAAGUUGUGGCAAGUUUCGGGACACUGGCAGCAUUACGCUGAGAAUAUGUUCUCUUUUGACGUAGAGAAGGAGACUUAUGCACUCAAACCCAUGAACUGCCCAGGCCAUUGCAUGAUUUUUGACGUUCGAAGCAGAUCGUGGCGCGAAUUGCCGCUUAGAUUAGCGGACUUUGGCGUUUUACACCGUAACGAAAUGUCGGGCGCACUAACGGGGCUUACCAGAGUGAGACGGUUUCAGCAAGACGACGCGCACAUCUUCUGCUCUGUCGACCAAAUCAAUAAGGAGAUAUUAAGCGCCCUCGACUUCCUACGGCAUGUCUAUUCUGUCUUUGGAUUCACGUUCGAUCUAUGUCUGUCCACUCGGCCUGAGAAAUUCCUGGGUGAUAUAGCCAUUUGGAAUCAGGCUGAGAAAGCAUUGGAAGACAGUUUGAACACGUUUGAUGAGCCAUGGACCUUGAAUCCUCAGGAUGGUGCGUUUUAUGGACCCAAAAUUGAUAUUACCAUUCGGGAUGCUCUGAAAAGAGCUCAUCAGUGCGCCACGAUACAAUUGGAUUUCCAACUGCCAAUUAGGUUCAAUCUGUCUUAUGUCAACGAAUCGGGAGAGAAAGUGAGACCAGUGAUCAUACACAGAGCUAUUCUAGGAUCUGUGGAACGCAUGAUCGCUAUUCUAACCGAAUCGUACGCGGGAAAAUGGCCAUUCUGGCUCUCACCUCGGCAAGCGAUGGUCGUACCGGUAGCGUCUCAACUUGAUGAGUAUGCUUAUCAGGUGAAGCAGAAGCUCUGGGAUGCUGGCAUUAUGGUCGAAAUCGACGUAGAUCCAAACGACAGUUUCAAUAAGAAGAUUCGCAAUGCCCAACUUGCGCAAUUCAAUUUUAUUCUUGUUGUGGGAGAGAAAGAGCGUAAUGCUGGCACAGUGAACAUUAGGACGAGAGACAACGUGGUGCACGGCGAGAUGGGAGUGGAGGAUUUGAUCGAAAAGUUGAAAAUUCUGAAAGAAACGAAAGACCGUAGAGGGGAUCUAAAGUUUUAAUCCAAAAAUCUACGAUAAAAUAUUAAUUAUUUAUUUCUAGACCAUGCAUGAAACUUCUUUACCUAACACCACUAUCUGAUAGACUAUGAUAAGAGUCAGGACUUGUUUUAUGAGUCAUAUUUUUUUUUUUGUUGUAUUUAGUAAAAUAGAAUUGAUUUUUCACGCAUGUAUGUUUUUGUACAUUAAUACAAUUACAUAAUUAUCAUAGGUAGUAAGAACAGUAAGAGUGAAGCAGAUUAAAUUUUGAUAAAAUUUCCAGUUUUGCAUUUAUUGCAUUUAAUGUUUUUCGAGGGAUAUGAAAUAAUCCAUGUCCCAUAGAUAAAUGAAAAUUACAUUGAAGAUGUGUCUUAUAUGUUUUAUGCUAAUCAGCAAUUAUAUUAU